AUGAACAAUAAAAAACAUCGUGAUAGUUUAAAAUUAAUAAAGGAAAAUAGUACAUUUAUUGUUCAAACUGAACCGAAUCAUGCUCAAGCAGAAUCAGGUUAUGCAUCAUCAAACAAUUCCAUGAUCACACUGGCACCGCAAACAAAGAAUAUUAACUUUUCAGAUCAAGUAACAAGUGCAGAAACAUUAUGGACAAUGAAUGCAGCACGACAAGGAUAUAGUUAUCUUUCAUGUGAUGAAUCUGGUGAUCUAUUUAGAAGAAUGUUUCCAGAUUCACAAAUUGCACACGAAUUGAAAAUGGAACGAACUAAGUUAUCAUAUGUUGUUUCACACGACUUAGAGCCAUUUUUUCAUCGUAAUCUUGUUGAAGAUAUUAAACAAUGUGAAAGAUUCGUAUUAUGCUUUGAUGAACAAAAAAAUCAUCAAAAUAAUAAACAAUUGGAUAUUUUUUUAAAGCAUUGGAGUAUGAAGAAUCAAGGUGUUGUAGCUCGUUAUUAUAAAUCUGUUUUACAUGGUCAUGCACCUGCUCAUAUUAUUAGGGAUAGUAUUGUGAAUUCUUUUAGAACAGAUGGAAUUGAUAUUAAACGUUUAUUAAUGAUUGGGCGAGAUAAUCCGAAUGUAAACAAAACAGUUGAA